UGCUUGUUUUGUUCUACUAUACAGUUAGCUCAGAUAGGGCCUAGCUUAAACUCACUCUCGUAGUCAAAUACUGCAGUCUGCAACAAGCAACCAUUAUAAUUGGAUUCACGGCAAGGCCUAUAGGUAGUAAAUGGAGAUGGAAGACGAUGGAAGAAGGACGACUCUUGAACUGCUCUCGAUCUCCGAAAUCGGAAAUGUUUUUCUGGGUGCUCCAUUGGAUGGCCAAGUUGAUGACAUUUUCUUAAUCAAUUCGGCUGUGAAUGAAGGUAAGAAUAAUAAUUCUCGAAUGUACAUCCGUCACGGUGCCAAUGUAGUCGCCUUCAACGUGUCAUCCAGCGGCAGCUCAGUUAACAAACCGGAAACAUGGACGCGACUAUGGAACCGCCGUUUUUUCAAUGACGCUCAAAGGGCGUCAUAUCCAUUGCAAACUUAUCCAUGGCUCGUGACCAAUACGAUGCUGAACGACGGAAGUGACGGCAUUGUCCUCCGCAACGAAGAUGGAAUCGGUUUCUACCGUUUCCAUCCAAACGAGAGACCAAUCCAAGUUCUAGGUAUGUCGCGUGACGCCUCCUUUCGUGAUCUGUACGGAUGGGAUGAGACCCACCGGUCCGUUGUCCUCGUCGCUCGAUUCUAUUCCGAUACUCGGCUGAUCGGAGUUAUGGGCCGCCAAAAGAUCGGAAAGGAAACGGAAGUUAAAUUUUACGGAGCAUCACAGGAGCGACUCAAGACCCGAAAACCGCAUCCACUUUUUCCAUUGAAGAAGAACAAAGACAACAGCGUAGUCGCAAAGAUAUCUGAGGCCAUCAACUUGUACACGGCCAAUGUCCAGCGCAACGGACAAGAUUGCAUAGCGCUAAGAACGGACACUCAAUUGGAAAUGCAUCGCUUUAAUGACAAAUUCGAGCUCCAGCAAGUGGCCAAAGUGUCACUUGUGGACGGCCCUUGGACCUCUAAAUUAUUAACGGAGCGAUUCUUCUUUGUCGAUUUAACCGGGCAACCUUAUCUUGAUGUUGUCCAGUUUAAUCGGCAUGGACUGUUCGUGUACCAAUUGGGAGUUAAUCAAUCGUCAACUGCCGCCAUCAAAGAUUAUACCUUGGUUCAUUAUCAUGCUGGAUUUUCUUACACAAACAGCUGGAUAGCGGAAUAUGACGAAUCGAUGCGGUUUGUAGAUGCUGACGGUGAUGGCCACGAUGACCUGCUCUUUACUGGUUCAAAAGGACUGACUAUCCUCACCUUCGAUCCGGUCCUUUUGUUGUGGAAAACACUGCUGGACCCAUCGUCUCUGCUGGACACUCCGUUCCGAUUCGCCAAUGUUGUUGGAGCCAUCAAUGCCGUCAACCAAGGGGUUAAUAAGAGGGAGUCCGUUUUGUUCAUUCUGGAUGAAGAGAAGAGGCUUUUCGUGGGCAAUCUUUUGGUUAAAACAGUCUUGAACGCACCAAAAACAUCUCAUGAUUCCAGACCUGUUCCUGAUAUUACUAAUCAAACGUUAUCUAAGACUUCUGCUGUUAAGAUCCCGUCUCAAGUAAAACGGACCACCCCAAUAUCAGAGAAAGUCGUCUUGAGGUGGACAGAACAGUGGGCCGAGUCGUUAUCGAUUUCAAAUUUAGUCGAUCCUGUGGCAGGUUCCGUCGAUUUCACUUUGCCCAUCUUCGAACCGAGUGUCUCCGAUCCUAUCCCUUAUCGAAUUUCGCUUUCGUACCACAGCCAACAGGCCUCACUGUCCAACAUUGUCGGCUCAGGCUGGUCACUUCCUUUGCCAGACAACUACAUUACCGUCGACUAUCGAGGAAGUAUCUUUUCUGAAGACGCGGUAUUUUAUUUAACCGUGGAUGGAACUUUUUUACAACUGAAACCUAUUUUGACCGACGUCCAAGUUGACGAUGGAGUUCGGCUUUUUCAAGAAUAUUCACAACCUAAAUGGACAAUAAAAUUUCACCCAAAAGAGCAGCGCUGGAUAAUCACCACUGAAACGGGCACGUUUACCUAUGGAUCAGCAAGGAAUAUGGAAGCCGUCCGCUGGAAUUUGAGUUGGCCGCUAUGGCGAGGAUCAGGCAGUGAUGUAAAAUUGCUUAAACGAGUGCCAAUCGCCUGGUAUUUAAUCGAACGUCAGGUGAAAGAAAGCGGUAAAUCAAUUAUCUAUCACUACGAAAUCGAUUCAGUGGAAUACAAAAAUUCCCGUCCAGCGUCCAGCUGGACAGCGGCCAUUAGACUGAAACAAAUCAGCGUCGAGUCAUCAACAGCCAUCACCUUCAAUUACGCCAUCAAAGAAAAGGAGGAAUACCAAACAUUUGGUCACCCGUUUGAUUCCGAGAACUUCGUCUUCCCGGUACGGAUGAGGGAAUCCCAUUACUUGACCGGCUGCCAAAUCGUUACUGAGCACUACAGGCAAACGCUCAGAUUUGUUUAUCAAGUAGAAAAGGGUCGGCGCUUGUUAACUGCCAUCGAGCAGCCAAUCGACUUGUUGGUAAGCGAAUCCAUCUUCCAGUUUAGUUACAACGAAGAAGAAGCCCAAUCUGCAGAGCGAUUGUUAACUGAAAUAAAGUUACCCAGUGAAUUAAAAACUCAAUUUCGAUAUAAUUCUAUUGCUGCUAUUGAUUUGCCCGAUCCUUAUUCGUCUGUAAGGCAUCCAGUCGACGAGAAACCUGCCAUCAGCUACAGUCACGACUAUGCGGCCAUGGUAUUCCGUCAACGUCAGCUACCCGACAAGAUUCAGGUGAAGAUUAUGAGUGCUGAAUUACUGGAGACAUUAGCCGAAUUAUCCCCUUUGCCAGCAACAACGCAGACGGAAGGGAAAAUUCGUUCCUAUAACGUGUUAUCAUCCUUACCAGACUUCUGUAUCGUCUUACUGGAAACGGAAAAAGGGAAUAAGAAACAAAUGUGUUUGUUCUAUCACAAGAGCAAGGACGGCAUCCGGAAAUGGAAUAAAGAUCUCACCUGCUAUUGGUUUCAUGGCGAUGCGAUAAUAAGUCACACCGAAUCUGGCGUGGCCGUAGUCGACAGCAAUGACAUUCUGAUAUUUCAAUUGUCAGCCGAUCGAUCGGAAUGGAUCAAACAAAAACUAAAAUUACCAUCCAGUCAGUCUAUAAUCCGUCUCGAAAUGGCGGGUCAUUUAAUUGUUGGAUAUAACGACCGUCAACUUUUUGUUUGUCAUCCAGAUGGAUCGAAAAGCAAAUGGCAAAUGCGCAUUAUUGAAACAAUUCCAAAUCUGUUCAGCGGAGGAUCAAGUAUCGUAAAAAAAUUCCGCUUACCAUCCGAGACGGAGAAAAUGUUAAUUGAAACUCUUAAACAAGACAUAUUGCAAUUGUCGAGCAAUUCCUUCGUUCUCACUUCAUUGCAUUUGUUGGAUGGCCAGCAGCUGUUAUUGCGGAUGCGUUUGUUUCUUUUGGAUCCAGACCACAAUGUGGUACUCCGCAGAGAAUUCAGCAUCAAAACCGACAAUAUUCUCCAGGUGAGACACGAAUUUCACAAUAAUGGUACUAGUUAUCAACUGGGAUACAAAGUGAUGAACGAUAAUUUCUUCCGGUUGACCGUCGUUGAUGUGUCAGGUGACUUAUGGUUGGACACUCAGAAAAACAGCCCACAACCCAGCAAGGAAGAAGUCCUGACAGAGAUAAACGCGCUGGAAAGUUUUCAAAAAUUGUUCGACACUGAAUUCCUAGUGAACUGGACUGCCCAGCGUACGGUGAUAACAGCAAAGGGACUCUAUGCCGGAAACAACACACUGAUACGAAUGACUGGCGGUGAUUGGCAACUGGAGGAAAUCAAAGCAAACAAAACGGAAAACAAAAAUAAUGACUUGCCUUUGAUGUCCAUAGGGAAUUCUUUCGUUCUAGAGGAAACUGUUCUUGAUGCCAACCAGGAAGAAAAUCAUAAAAUGAGAAAUUUAACGUUGUACGCGCAGGAUCCAAUGGAUUCAAAUAAAAAAAUUGGCCAAGCACUUCUUCGAUUGGAAAUCAGUCCGCCGGAUAAGAUCGUCAGUCGUUAUCCGGUGUAUUUGGCUUACGAGACUCGGUAUAACAGCACGACCGUCAUAUUCUUCUCUGACAACGGGAAAACGUUGGGAACGGUUUUCACGUUCCCCGACGAGCAGCUGGUGGGUGAAAGUAGCUCCUACGAUCGGCUUACAACACUGGCCGGCAUAUCAAAGGAAGACGCCCCGGAAAAAUUUCCGUAA